CAAAAAAUUAAUAUUCAUGAGAAAGUGUGUAAUAAUUCAAAUAAAAUGAACCUGCAAGUGGAAGAGGGCGAUGCUACAGGCAUUCCCAUUUAUGCCGAUUACACUGACAAUUUGGCGAACUGGACAUUAGCAACGAAUUCAACACAAAUGAACAGCGAUGUUGGUAAUUUAUCGGCGAUUAAUUUUAUCAAUUCUGGCUUAGAUAUUUUGUCCAGUUUAACCACAACAACGACUGCGCCUAGUUUUAAGGUCGACGAAGUAUUUUCAAUUUUCUCAAAUAUCACAGCUUUUCAUGUCAAUUCACCACACUUACCUGCUAUGGACCCACCAAUUGAAGAUGAUGAAAUAAGAUUAGAACAUGCACCGCAGCUAUCAAAAUCUGCUAUGGUCAAAGUGUAUGUAUUAUCAGUGAUGGCACUGCUCUCCAUGUUGGGUAAUGUGCUAACUAUGUGGAAUAUUUAUAAGACUCGUAUUGCACGUCGUAACUCUCGACAUAGUUGGAGUGCUAUUUAUUCGCUGCUCUUCCAUCUUUCGAUAGCAGAUGUGCUGGUGACGGGUUUUUGUAUUAUUGGUGAGGCUGCCUGGUGUUACACUGUGCAGUGGCUAGCAACUGAACUCACCUGUAAAUUAGUGAAAACUUUUCAAAUGUUCAGUUUGUAUUUAUCUACUUAUGUGCUCGUACUGAUCGGUGUAGAUCGGUGGAUUGCUGUCAAAUAUCCAAUGAAAUCACUGAAUAUGGCGAAGCGCUGUUAUAGACUGUUGGGCUGUACUUAUAUACUGUCCUUUUUACUGAGCUUACCACAGUUCUUUAUUUUCCACGUUGCUCGGGGACCGUUCAUUGAGGAAUUCCAUCAAUGUGUGACGCAUGGUUUCUAUACUGCCGAGUGGCAGGAACAACUUUAUGCCACAUUCACUCUCUUCCUUACGUUCCUGCUUCCUUUGUGUAUACUCUUUGGCACUUACAUGUCUACUUUUCGUACUAUUUCGAGCAGUGAGAAAAUGUUCCAAGGUUGUAAAUUAGCGGCUUACACCAGUAAUCCUUCAACUCAAACAAAUCGUCAACGCCUGAUACACAAGGCGAAGAUGAAAUCGUUGCGCAUUUCGGUUGUGAUAAUAUUUGCGUUUCUCAUCUGUUGGACGCCUUACAAUGUCAUGAUGAUGAUUUUCAUGUUCUUGAAUCCUGAUAAACGGUUUGGCGAAGACCUGCAGUCGGCAAUUUUCUUCUUUGGCAUGUCAAACAGCCUUGUGAAUCCACUCAUCUAUGGCGCAUUCCAUCUAUGUCCCAUGAAGCGGAAAGAAAGCAAAGGCAGUGGCAACAAUAAUGCAACGCACAGCUUAAAUCGAGGCGACUCACAGCGUACACCUUCCAUGUUGACCGCAGUCACACAGAUUGACAGCAACGGUCGCCAAAUUCGCACCUUCCGCCAACCGAGCUAUUAUCGCACAAAUAGCAAUGGCAGCAGCAGCUAUAAAGAGCACGUCAGCCUGUUGCAAGUAUCGCCCACGCCAUCAAUAAUGCGUAAGUCAACAUUGGUGCGCAGCCCACAUCCGAACCAAGCAACACAUUUAUUGGCACACCACACGCAUUCAACGAACUUCAUUGACAACAGCAAUGGUGGCAUAAGUCCGCCACAUUCGACAAUAUUGCUUAGUUAUGACAACCACCGAGGUGGUGUGGCCACCACAAUGAAAGCCCAUAGCAAUCACUCGCUCAGCAACCCCACAACGAACGUCGGCACGAAUUUAUUGUCCAAAAAUCCAUUGACAGGGAAUGCGAUGAAUGCGUCCUAUGGCUUGCACGGCUUGAUCGACGAAAGCGUAUCCAGCGUGUAAUCAACAGAUUGCGUGUUCCUCCUAACAAAGUGUAAAUAUCUAUGUAUAUACUAUAUAUAAUGUAUGUAUUUAUGUACAUGGGUGUCAGUAUAUAAUAAGAUUACCUACUCAAAGUAGCAACGAAUGGUUUGUGCACACUAACCGAAUGCCUAAUGGCAACUUGGUGAUAAAUUGGCUGAAACGCUUUUGUGGUUGUUUUUAAAAUUAUUUCAUCGCAUGAAUGCAUGAGGCAUAAAAUAAUUUACUUUUAUAUCUCGUUUUCUAUUUUAAAUUUCAUUAAAAAUGGUAAAAGGAUAAUAAG